AUGACUGACAAGAUGUCGAGCUUCCUUCAUAUUGGAGAUAUUUGUUCUCUCUAUGCAGAGGGCUCAACAAAUGGAUUUAUUAGCACUUUGGGCCUUGUGGAUGAUCGCUGUGUUGUACAGCCAGAAGCAGGUGAUCUUAACAACCCUCCCAAAAAAUUCAGAGAUUGCCUCUUCAAACUAUGUCCCAUGAACCGGUACUCUGCUCAAAAGCAGUUCUGGAAAGCAGCAAAGCCAGGAGCUAACAGCACAACAGAUGCCGUGCUACUCAAUAAACUGCAUCAUGCGGCAGAUUUGGAAAAGAAACAGAACGAAACUGAAAACAGAAAGCUGCUGGGAACGGUCAUCCAGUAUGGCAAUGUUAUCCAGCUGCUUCACUUAAAAAGUAACAAAUACUUAACAGUAAAUAAGAGGCUCCCAGCUCUGCUCGAGAAGAAUGCUAUGAGAGUGACCUUGGAUGAAGCUGGAAAUGAAGGUUCCUGGUUCUACAUACAGCCCUUCUACAAACUGCGUUCCAUUGGAGACAGUGUCGUCAUUGGAGACAAAGUAGUCCUGAAUCCUGUCAAUGCGGGCCAGCCUCUCCACGCCAGUAGUCAUCAGCUUGUUGAUAAUCCAGGAUGCAAUGAGGUCAACUCUGUGAAUUGCAAUACAAGCUGGAAAAUAGUCCUCUUCAUGAAAUGGAGUGAUAACAAGGAUGAUAUUCUCAAAGGGGGAGAUGUGGUGAGACUGUUUCAUGCAGAACAGGAGAAGUUUCUGACUUGCGAUGAGCACAGGAAGAAGCAGCAUGUCUUCCUGAGAACGACGGGGAGGCAGUCGGCCACGUCUGCAACCAGUUCAAAAGCCCUGUGGGAAGUAGAGGUGGUGCAGCAUGAUCCCUGUCGUGGUGGUGCUGGAUACUGGAACAGCCUUUUCAGGUUCAAACACCUUGCUACUGGACACUACCUAGCAGCAGAGCUGGACCCUGAGCAGGAUGCCUCCAGAAGAGGCUUGUACAGUGCUCAGGAGAAGAUGGCAUACUCGCUGGUGUCUGUGCCCGAAGGAAACGACAUCUCCUCCAUAUUUGAGUUGGACCCUACCACCUUGCGAGGAGGAGACAGCCUUGUCCCCAGGAACUCUUAUGUCAGACUUAGGCACCUUUGCACUAACACCUGGGUUCAUAGUACCAAUAUACCUAUUGAUAAAGAAGAGGAGAAACCUGUGAUGCUUAAAAUUGGUACUUCUCCAGUGAAAGAGGACAAAGAAGCUUUUGCUAUAGUACCAGUUUCCCCUGCAGAGGUUCGGGACUUGGAUUUUGCAAAUGAUGCAAGCAAGGUUUUGGGUUCCAUUGCUGGCAAGUUGGAAAAGGGAACAAUAACACAGAAUGAGAGAAGGUCUGUUACCAAAUUGUUGGAGGAUUUGGUUUACUUUGUUACUGGUGGAACUAAUUCUGGACAAGACGUCCUUGAAGUAGUAUUUUCUAAACCUAAUAGAGAACGGCAAAAACUGAUGAGAGAACAGAAUAUUCUAAAGCAGAUUUUCAAACUGUUGCAAGCACCGUUUACGGACAGUGGUGACGGCCCGAUGUUGCGCUUGGAGGAGCUUGGAGACCAGCGCCAUGCUCCUUUCAGACACAUAUGCCGGCUUUGCUACAGGGUGCUGAGGCACUCUCAGCAGGAUUACAGAAAGAAUCAGGAAUACAUUGCGAAGCAGUUUGGCUUCAUGCAGAAGCAAAUUGGCUACGAUGUCUUGGCUGAGGACACUAUUACAGCACUGCUCCACAACAACCGCAAGCUCUUGGAGAAGCACAUCACGGCUGCUGAGAUUGACACUUUUGUUAGUCUCGUGAGGAAAAAUAGGGAGCCCAGGUUUCUGGAUUACCUCUCAGAUCUGUGCGUUUCCAUGAACAAGUCUAUUCCGGUGACACAGGAGUUGAUUUGUAAAGCCGUGCUGAAUCCAGCCAAUGCAGACAUUCUCAUUGAAACGAAGUUGGUCCUCUCUCGAUUUGAGUUUGAAGAAGUGUCAAGUGGAGAAAAUGCCUUGGAAGUUGGAGAAGAUGAGGAAGAAGUGUGGUUGUUCUGGAGAGACAGUAACAAGGAAAUCCGCAGUAAGAGUAUCAGAGAGUUGGCGCAGGAUGCCAAGGAAGGGCAGAAGGAGGAUCGGGACGUACUCAGCUACUACAGAUACCAACUAAACCUCUUUGCUAGAAUGUGCCUUGAUCGACAGUACUUAGCCAUAAAUGAAAUAUCUGGACAGCUGGAUGUGGACCUCAUUCUCCGUUGCAUGUCUGAUGAAAACUUGCCCUAUGAUCUGAGAGCAUCUUUCUGCCGGCUAAUGCUUCAUAUGCAUGUUGAUCGUGACCCUCAAGAACAGGUGACGCCAGUGAAGUAUGCUCGUCUCUGGUCUGAAAUACCUUCUGAAAUUGCUAUUGACGACUAUGAUAGCAGUGGAACUUCCAAAGAUGAAAUUAAGGAGAGAUUUGCACAAACAAUGGAAUUUGUAGAGGAAUAUUUAAGAGAUGUGGUGUGUCAGAGGUUCCCUUUCUCUGAUAAAGAGAAAAAUAAGCUCACUUUUGAGGUUGUUAACUUAGCCAGAAAUCUGAUAUAUUUUGGUUUCUACAACUUCUGUGACCUCCUCAGACUAACCAAAAUCCUCCUUGCUAUAUUAGACUGUGUGCACAUCACUACCAUCUUCCCUAUUACCAAGAUGGCAAAAGGCGAGGAAAGUAAAGGUAAGGCUGAAAAACAAUUGGCCAAAGGGAGCAAUGUGAUGAGGUCAAUCCAUGGAGUCGGGGAGCUGAUGACCCAGGUGGUGCUCAGAGGUGGUGGGUUCUUGCCCAUGACCCCGCUUGCUGCUGCUCCCGAGGGUAACGUCAAGCAGAGUGAACCAGAGAAAGAGGACAUCCUGGUAAUGGAUACAAAGCUGAAGAUCAUUGAAAUACUUCAGUUUAUUUUGAACGUGAGACUGGACUACAGAAUCUCCUGCCUACUUUGUAUAUUUAAACAUGAAUUUGAUGAAAGCAAUGCCCAGAUGUCUGAAUCGCCCACUGGAAGCAGUAGUCAAGAAAUGCCAGCUAAUGUACCAGGAGCUCUAGACUUUGAACAUAUUGAAGAACAAGCCGAGGGGAUCUUUGGUGGAAGGAAAGAGAACACACCACUGGAUUUGGAUGAUCAUGGUGGCAGAACAUUUCUCCGAGUUUUGUUGCAUUUAACAAUGCAUGAUUAUCCUCCUCUGGUGUCUGGAGCACUUCAGCUGCUCUUCCGGCACUUUAGUCAGAGACAAGAAGUCCUUCAGGCUUUUAAGCAGGUUCAACUGCUUGUUACCAGCCAAGAUGUUGACAACUACAAGCAGAUAAAACAAGAUUUGGACCAGCUGAGGUCUAUUGUGGAAAAAUCGGAGCUUUGGGUGUACAAAGGCCAAGGUCCUGAUGAGGCUAUGGAUGGAGUGCAAGGUGAAAAUGAACACAAGAAAAAAGAGGAAGGUCACAGCAAGUCCCAAAAGCCUGAAAGUACUAGCAGCUACAACUACCGUGUAGUAAAAGAGAUCCUGCUGCGGCUCAGCAAGCUCUGUGUCCAGGAAAGCGCCUCCAUCAGGAAGAGCCGUAAGCAGCAGCAGCGACUUCUGAGGAACAUGGGAGCUCACGCAGUUGUGCUGGAGCUGCUGCAGAUCCCUUACGAAAAGGCUGAAGACAUGAGGAUGCAGGAGAUAAUGAAGCUUGCGCACGAGUUUUUACAGAACUUCUGUGCUGGGAACCAACAGAACCAGGCACUGCUGCACAAGCACAUAAACCUGUUCCUUAACCCAGGGAUUCUGGAAGCAGUAACAAUGCAGCACAUUUUCAUGAACAACUUCCAGCUUUGCAGUGAGAUUAAUGAACGCGUUGUUCAACACUUUGUCCACUGUAUUGAAACACAUGGCAGAAACGUUCAGUACAUAAAGUUCCUGCAGACAAUCGUCAAGGCGGAAGGAAAAUUCAUUAAGAAAUGCCAAGAUAUGGUAAUGGCUGAGCUGGUGAAUGCGGGAGAAGACGUCCUAGUGUUUUACAAUGACAGAGCGUCCUUCCAGACCUUGGUGCAAAUGAUGAGGUCAGAGAGGGAUCGGAUGGAUGAAAACAGCCCGCUGAUGUACCACAUCCACUUAGUAGAGCUGCUUGCUGUCUGCACUGAAGGCAAAAAUGUCUACACAGAAAUAAAAUGCAACUCCCUUCUUCCUUUGGAUGACAUUGUUAGGGUAGUAACCCAUGAGGAUUGCAUACCUGAGGUCAAAAUUGCAUACAUCAACUUCUUAAAUCAUUGCUAUGUGGACACAGAAGUAGAAAUGAAAGAGAUUUACACCAGUAAUCAUAUGUGGAAGCUAUUUGAGAACUUCCUGGUUGACAUCUGUCGGGCUUGUAACAACACCAGCGACAGAAAGCAUGCCGACUCCAUAUUGGAGAAGUAUGUUACAGAAAUCGUGAUGAGUAUAGUCACCACCUUCUUCAGUUCCCCCUUCUCUGAUCAGAGCACUACUUUGCAGACUCGCCAACCUGUGUUCGUACAGUUGCUGCAAGGUGUGUUCAGAGUGUACCACUGCAACUGGUUAAUGCCAAGCCAAAAGGCAUCCGUGGAAAGCUGCAUUCGGGUCCUCUCAGAUGUAGCAAAAAGCCGAGCGAUUGCAAUUCCUGUAGACUUGGACAGUCAGGUGAACAAUCUCUUCCUGAAAUCUCAUAACAUCGUACAGAAGACUGCGAUGAACUGGCGAAUGACUGCAAGGAAUGCUGCCCGCAGAGACUCGGUGCUGGCUGCCUCCCGGGAUUAUCGAAACAUAAUUGAAAGAUUACAGGACAUCGUAUCGGCUUUAGAGGAUCGCCUGCGUCCUCUGGUCCAGGCAGAGCUGUCAGUACUGGUAGAUGUGCUUCACAGGCCUGAACUGCUCUUCCCAGAGAACACAGAUGCAAGGAGGAAAUGUGAAAGCGGAGGUUUCAUUUGCAAGUUAAUAAAGCAUACUAAACAGCUGCUAGAGGAGAAUGAGGAGAAACUGUGUAUUAAAGUGUUACAGACGCUCAGGGAAAUGAUGACCAAAGAUAGAGGCUAUGGAGAAAAGCUUGUUUCUAUUACCAUUGAAUUGGAUAAUGCUGAGCUGCCGCAACCUCCAGAAACGGAAAGCUCUGUAGAGGAGAUUGAUCAAAGUCUACCACAGAGGCAACUGGAGGAUCAUAGAAGGGGUGAGGCGCUCAGGCAGGUGUUGGUCAACCGUUAUUACGGCAACGUGAGACCGGCAGGACGGCGCGAGAGCCUCACCACCUUCGGCAAUGGCCCCCUGUCUGCUGGAGGCACCAGCAAAGCCGGGGCAGGAGGAGGAGGCUCUGGAUCAAGUUCAAUGAGCCGAGUUGAGAUGAGUUUGGCAGAUGUCCAAUGUCAUCUGGAUAAAGAAGGUGCAUCCAACCUGGUCAUAGAUCUCAUCAUGAAUGCCACCAGCGACAGAGUCUUCCAUGAGAGCAUCCUGCUAGCCAUUGCUCUUCUGGAAGGUGGGAACACAACAAUACAGCAUUCGUUCUUCUGCCGACUGACGGAAGAUAAGAAAUCUGAAAAGUUCUUUAAGGUUUUUUAUGAUCGCAUGAAAGUGGCACAGCAAGAAAUCAAGGCUACUGUCACAGUCAACACUAGUGACUUAGGAAAUAAAAAGAAAGAUGAAGACUCAGACAGAGAUGUACCGAACAGGAAAAGAGUGAGGGAGCCUAUGACCCAAAUUACUGAGGAGGUCCGGGAUCAGUUACUGGAGGCUUCCGCAGCUACCAGAAAGGCUUACAACACUUACCGGAGGGAGGCUGAUCCUGAUGACCAUUAUUCGCCAGGAGAAGGAGCACAGGCUGCGGCAGACAAGAGCAAAGAUGAACUGGAAAUGAGCGCUGUGAUCUCAAUAAUGCAACCCAUCCUCCGGUUCUUGCAGCUGCUCUGUGAAAACCACAAUCGGGAUUUGCAGAAUUUCCUUCGCUGCCAGAACAACAAGACAAACUACAACUUGGUGUGCGAGACUCUGCAGUUUCUGGAUUGUAUCUGUGGAAGCACAACUGGUGGACUUGGACUUCUUGGUCUGUAUAUAAAUGAGAAAAAUGUGGCGCUCAUCAACCAGACGCUGGAAAGUUUGACUGAGUACUGCCAAGGGCCUUGCCACGAGAACCAGAACUGCAUUGCUACUCACGAGUCCAAUGGUAUUGACAUCAUCACAGCAUUAAUUCUCAAUGACAUCAACCCUUUGGGGAAGAAGAGGAUGGACCUUGUGUUGGAACUGAAGAAUAACGCUUCAAAACUGCUCUUGGCGAUCAUGGAGAGCAGACACGACAGUGAGAAUGCGGAGAGGAUCCUCUACAACAUGAGACCCAAAGAGCUGGUGGAAGUGAUAAAGAAGGCUUAUCUGCAGGGAGAAGUAGAAUUUGAGGAUGGAGAGAAUGGGGAAGACCUUGCGGCAUCUCCGAGGAAUGUGGGACACAACAUUUAUAUACUGGCUCAUCAGUUGGCUCGUCAUAACAAAGAGCUGCAGAACAUGCUGAAGCCGGGAGGUCAGAUAGAGGGAGAUGAGGCUCUGGAGUUUUACGCCAAGCACACGGCACAGAUCGAGAUUGUCAGGUCAGACCGUACCAUGGAGCAAAUCGUCUUCCCCGUGCCCAGUAUAUGUGAAUUCCUCACGAAGGAGUCCAAGCUGCGGAUAUAUUAUACCACAGAGAGGGAUGAACAGGGCAGCAAGAUCAACGACUUCUUCAUGAAAUCAGAAGACCUCUUUAAUGAGAUGAACUGGCAAAAGAAAUUGCGAGCUCAACCUUUCCUAUACUGGUGUGCUCGCAACAUGUCCUUCUGGAGCAGUAUUUCCUUUAACCUGGCUGUCCUUAUGAACCUGCUGGUAGCAUUUUUUUAUCCAUUCAAAGGAAUUCGAGGAGGUACACUGGAGCCCCACUUGUCUGGCUUGUUGUGGACAGCGAUGCUGAUAUCUCUGGCCAUCGUUAUAGCUCUUCCUAAGCCCCACGGCAUCCGAGCCUUAAUUGCUUCUACAAUAUUACGACUAAUAUUUUCAGUUGGUUUACAACCUACUUUAUUUCUCCUGGGUGCAUUCAACGUUUGUAAUAAAAUCAUUUUUCUGAUGAGCUUUGUGGGUAACUGUGGAACCUUCACUAGAGGAUACAAGGCGAUGAUCAUGGAUGUAGAGUUUCUCUAUCACCUGCUGUACCUUCUGAUUUGCGCGCUGGGGCUGUUUGUACACGAAUUUUUUUAUAGUUUGUUGCUCUUUGACUUGGUGUACCGAGAAGAGACUUUGCUGAACGUCAUCAAGAGCGUCACUCGCAAUGGGCGCUCCAUCAUCCUGACGGCUGUUCUCGCCCUCAUCUUGGUCUACCUGUUCUCCAUAGUGGGGUACCUCUUCUUCAAAGAUGACUUUAUCCUGGAAGUAGACAAGCUCCCUAAUGAAACGUUACUGCCAGAACCAGGUGAGACCAUGACCGGAGAGUUUCUUUAUUCAGAUGUAUGCAAAGCAGGGAGCAGUGAAAACUGUUCUUCAAUCAUUCCUUCAGACCAGCUGGUCACUGAAGAAAUGGAGGAAGAGAAUAAAGAGCAUACGUGCGAGACGUUGCUGAUGUGCAUUGUUACUGUACUGAGUCAUGGGCUCAGGAGUGGGGGUGGAGUAGGUGAUGUGCUCAGGAAACCAUCCAAAGAGGAACCUCUCUUUGCUGCUAGGGUGAUAUAUGAUCUGUUAUUCUUCUUCAUGGUCAUCAUUAUUGUCCUUAACCUGAUUUUUGGUGUGAUCAUUGACACUUUUGCUGAUCUAAGGAGUGAAAAACAGAAGAAAGAAGAAAUUUUAAAAACUACUUGCUUUAUUUGUGGCUUGGAAAGAGAUAAGUUUGACAACAAGACAGUCACGUUCGAAGAACACAUUAAAGAAGAGCACAAUAUGUGGCAUUAUUUGUGCUUUAUUGUGUUAGUGAAAGUAAAAGAUUCAACAGAAUAUACGGGACCAGAAAGUUACGUGGCAGAAAUGAUCAAGGAGAGAAACCUGGACUGGUUCCCCCGGAUGCGGGCCAUGUCGCUGGUGAGCAGCGACUCGGAAGGAGAGCAGAAUGAGCUGAGGAACUUGCAGGAGAAGUUGGAGUCCACCAUGAAGCUUGUGACCAACCUCUCUGGCCAGCUCUCAGAGCUUAAGGAUCAGAUGACGGAGCAGAGGAAGCAGAAACAGCGCAUCGGUCUCUUAGGACACCCUCCACCCAUGAAUGUGAACCCGCAGCAACCGGCGUAAGGCAGGAAGGGUCACGUACCCUGCUCGCGAUGGGCCGGGCGAUGCUAACCCUGAGCUCAGAUCCCACCACCGAGGCUGCUGCUGUGUACGUUUGGUUCUGGUUGUAAAUAACCUGGUUUUAUACUAUAUGUAUAUGACUGCUACUAUAUAAAGUUUCGGGCAUACGUAUUGUGAUUAGAACUGUUGGCACAGGACAGAGGUUAAGCUUUGUGCCAAAACUAUCAAAAUUGCCUUUUUUCUUGGAAGGACUAAAGAGAGCACCCUGAAUUGCACUUGAAAAGAGUAUUUGACUAUGUGACAUGUAUUUUGUAUUUAAAAAAAGAUAGAAUAGCUAGUAUUUAUGUUUUUAUACAAUUGUGCAAUAUGAAUUAUGCAAUCACGAUAUAUUUGUAACUCCUGAACGUCCUAAGGGGAGUGCACAUCUUUGAAUCUGGUGUGUUAGUACAAUGUAAUAAAUGGUAUAAAAUUACAGGUGUAAAUGAGGCUGCUGCAAAAUUGUGUUACUGGUGAUUUUUCAUACCCUUGGACAUUUUUGUACCAUGUGUGUAAAUAUCUUGCAAUGCCAUAUCUGUUGCCUCUUCCUCCCAGAGAUAUCGCUGGGAAUCCGUGAGUUGUUAAAUUGGUAUCAAUUAAAGCAAAACAUGACUUUGAAGCUUCCAAAUGAGGAAAGCAGGAGGUAUUUUUCAAGUGACUUCUUCAAAGUACUGAGGCUAGAAGAGCUCAGAUACCAGGUUUUUUAAAUGCUAAGAUUUCUUAAAGGGAACUUUUUAUGCAAAAUGAAGUUUGGGAUGAGGAUGCGCUGCUGGUGAGUCGGUGCAGUCUCCUAUGGGCGUUUCAUGCCACGACACCGAAAACCUCUCACGGGGCUGCCCAGGCUUGGCGUUCUCAGUGUGCGGGAUCCUUUCCUUUUAUUUUUUCAUUAGAGACCUACGUGCCUGCUAAAGCUUUAG